CUAAGUUUCCUUACUGUAUGUAUACUGUGCCGGCGCCUCAUGCAUUUGCUUGAUAAAUAAAUACGUUACUUUCAAUUUGGAAUAGCCUAAUUUGGUUGUAAUGUUAUAUUAUUUAUUGUUGCUUCUAAUAUAAUUAGUUUUUUCAUAAAAUGGAAGGUAAACCUAAUGAAGACAUGUGGACUCCUUUCAAGGAAUUACUCACGGUUGUUGAAGGAGCAGUAUCUAAAAAUGUCGACAGUGUUUUAGAACAGUUAGAGAAGUAUCUUCAAAAACAUAAACAGAAUUUCCUGACACUUCUGAAAAAUCCUCCUAAAAAUGCUAAAAGCCGAGAAGACUUGCAGAAAGGCAUCACAGAGGGGUUUCGUCUGCCUGGUCUUGGUCAGCAGACAUUACCUAAAGAAUUGGUCGAGGAGGCAUUAAUCAUAUCCGACAUGUAUGAUCUUGACGAAUAUAUGGCGCUGGAUCUUCUUGUUAUUGCUGAGUACCAGAUGCCUCACCAUCCGGGCCUGACUCGCGGCCUGGUGGCCAUCCUUCUGUACUACGAUGGGCGCAAGGCGCUGACACAGGCGCUGCGAGUGCUGGUGCAGGCGAGGCAGGGAGUGCUCUGGAUGGUCGAGUCGCACCCCGACAUCUCCAACUACAUCACCCACUUCACCGACCAACUCGCCAACGACGGACUCCUAUCAAAAGUUCUCACCACAUUGGAGUCACUAGACCUCUCGCAGGAGUUGGCUUUACUGCAGAAAAAUCGAGCUCUGGGCGGACCUCGGCAUCACCAUCAGGUGAUCGAACUGUUCCAAGGCAUUCGACAGACCCUGGCUGACAUUGUGUACUUGUGGUCGGCCCAGAGUGGACUGCCUAAACAGCCUACCCUCGAAUUGAUCGGUCUACUGAAACGCACCAAAAUAGAAGAAGAUGCGGUGGGUGGUGUCGACAGCGUAACAUUGGCCUUGGAGAUGGCUCUGCUCUGUGCCAUGGAUGUCAGCAUACUUCAUAAACGAGAAGAUGGAGAAGAGCUAGCAGAAAAACUGCCCUUGCUGCAGCAGUGUGGUCUUGUGAAUGAUUUGAUAGUUGAAUUCAUGCCGGAGCCAGCUGAUUGUUCGAAUAAGAAGUCGUGGGCAUGUCCUGGUCUGAAAGCGUUGGCGCAGCUAGCAUGGGGUGUGUCUCUGGCCACUCUGCGCAUGGCACCUCCUUCGCUACAGCAGCAAGGCAUUGUUGAUGAAGAUGACUUACUGGUUGAUGCAGCAGUUGAUGAGAAAGUCUUCCAUUUUCUCAAUACAACUUUUCUUCUCAAUGAGAACAUUCACAAAGAGGAAUUCUAUUUGAGAAGAUUGCACAGUUUGUUGACGGACUUCAUAGUACUGAUGCCUUUGAAAGUGAAAGAACUGAGAAAUCGAGCCGAUGAAGCCGCCAAGACAGUGCAAGCCUAUGCUCAAGAAGGGCUUGAUCCUCCUGGCACGUUGCCGCAACAUUUCGAACAACUGCUGCUGACACUUGCCACACUUUAUAGCAAAGAUCCGCUCAAUUUGAACUUGGAACUGGAGUAUUGGUGCCCGCCCGAAGGCAUUGUCUCCACAUCCUACCCGUACAGGUCACCACCCAGACAGGUUUCGCUUUUCAAGUUUGUGCGUCAGUCGGGUGAUUUGCUGCCGCCCACCCUGUUUGUGCCCUACAUGAAGAUGUUGGCAUCCCUGUCAAGCAGUCAACAGGCUGCCAGGCAGUGCUUCACGCUUUUGAAACUCAACAAUCAUGGCUCAGUCACCUGGGAUCACUUUUUCACAUCUUUGAAUAGGUAUUACUGCAAUCUAAGACAGGAAGCUGCUCCAACAUCAGACACCAUCUACCGCCAUCGUUCUUUCACUAAAGGGAUCACGCCUCAAGAAAUCCAAGGCCUUCUCGUAGUCCUUGGAGUCAUCAGAGCAGUCGCUGAAAAUGAUGAAGUGUCGCGCUUGGCACUGUGUGAAAACCCGACUUGGGCGCCUCUGUCCAUCCUACUUGGUCUGGUCAGCUGUUGUGUGCAGAUAUCACUGAAAGCCGAGUUGCUACUCACGUUGGCAGCUCUGGCCAAGUCGCCCGACACUGCUGCCACCUUGUGGCACAAUCUCGAAGCUUCGCAAAUCGUCGUCACUGUUCCAACAACGUCCAGCUAUCAGCCAAGAGGAAUACAGACGGAACUGGAAGAGCUGGAAUCGCGGAACGAGGAGUUUCCGUUGACGCGGGCAAUGCUGCGCCUGUUGGAUGUGCUGACCGAUGUGCCAGUGCCCCGUCUGCUGGGAGUCGGCUCCCGCACCCCUGGCUUCGACCCCUAUCUCACCUUCGUGCUCCAGUCGGUCCUCCUCAGGUUCAAUACCCGUUCCUACAAGAACCCACAAGAAAAGUGGGAAGUGUGUCGCAGCUGCAUGCAGCUUCUGGUGAAGCUGUUGAGCCAGUACGAGCCUCAGACCGAGGACUUUGUCGGGGGUGGGAGUGGUGGCGGUGACGGGGGCGGCCAGGGAGGGGGAGCGGGAGCAAGCCAGUCUCAGGUCAACCCUCCGCCCGGCCAUCACAUCAUGAUCAAUCUCUGCUCUACCUCUGAACUACUGCGCAUGGUGCUGCACAUAAUCGACGAUGGCUGCCACAUGCUGGACACGUACUCGAUAUUCGCGGGGAAGGCUCAGCUGGAGGCAUCGACUGCCAGCUGCCUGCAGCUGUUGGACACGGCACUCGGCCUGCAGCACAGGUUCCUGCACACGCUGUCAGCUGCCAACAGCUGUCUGCUGCUCACGCCACUCAGCAAGCUGCUGCUUGGCAUCAAUGUGCGCACCGGCAAGCCAGACCAUCUGCUCAACAUUGCCAAGUAUGUGACGUACAACAGCUGGCUCCCCAACCAAUCGUUGUUAGCGGUGAGAAUUCUGUUGGCCGUCACUCUACAUCCGACACCGCAGUCUCAUAUUGUCUCAGUAUUCACGUCGACUCCACACCUCAAAACAUUCAUUCGCCAUGGAUUUGUUGAAUGUUUGGAGGCUUACAAUGAUGAAUCUAGUACAAAUUCCGAUGGAGAAGAAGACGUAGGGGUUGUUGGUAAAACCAAAGAAGCCAUUUGUAAAUUGCUUCUACAAUGUCUAAACCAUAAUUCACCCAAUCUAUCUCAUUACCUAUUGGGAUUUGAAUUGAAUAAAGAUAUUAGGCAAACAAUCUUUCAACAGCCAGGUGUGCUGGGAUUCCCGCGCACAUGUCUGCAUUCGGUUGUGAGCCUGCUGUCCAGUUCGCUGCGCGCACGUUCGGAUCCCACCUGUCAGCCGCCGCAUGCGAAGCUGAUUGAGCUCUGCUAUCGCCUCAUCUUCGCACUGGCAGCCAACUCCAGAACCUCCGAAUCCACGCUGCGAUUUCUGAGAUCUGGCGAAUUUCUGCAAAGACAUGUGGCUGCUCUACCUUUCCGCUCAGACAAGAAAGGCUCGGACAUGAACCAGAUGAACUGGCUACUGAAGACAGUGGCCAUCGAGCUGAAGAUAACAUUCUCGAACAAACAGCUGUCGCAGCUGAAUAGCCUGAUGGGGCUGCUGGUGUCGGUGGCGGCGGGAGGGGGGUCAGGUAACCCCCACCACGUAGACGUAGCAGACAGCGACAUGCAGACGGCGCCCGUCCUCGCCUCCCAGUUGACUCACACCUUCUCCACCAAUAUCACUGCUAACCCCCUGAACCAACAACUUAUUCUGAGGCUGCUCAAAGAAUUCGAAUUCUCAGUUGAGGCAACCCAACCACCAAAUUGGGAGUUUUUCGAUGGAUCGCAAAUUGAACUAGUGAUGAAGCAGUGCGAAACUGUAGUUGGUUCUGGCCUUAAACUGAUUGAUUUGAAAAUGCUGCACAGAAUACUAAUUGAAGAACUCGCAUCCAUCCAAGGAAGCUCUACAGCCAAUCAGAGACAGCUCAUAUUCCAAGAAAUUCAGUUGGUCCUAAAACAUGCUCUGAAGCUAAAUAACCAGCGCAGCAUAGCAUCUUCGACUACGCACUUCUUGGACGCGUGGAGACAAGUGACUGAGGUCAUGUUCGCUGUAGCUCUGCCGGAAUCGCUUCCUUUUGAGACGCAAUUCUGUCUUCUGCUCGAAAUCCUCAACGAACUACUUACCAAAGUUCAAGCAAACAAUGUACUGGCACAGAUAGCCAGCCUAUCUUCGGACGCUAUUCUACUUUUGUCAGUUGAUCUGCGCAAUAUCUUCAUCUCUGAGCAAAGUCGAGUGGUGUCAAGUGGAAUCGAAAGCAUCAACCAUCUCAAUGCUCUCAUCCAUUCCAGGGAGAACAUUUUAAAAAAUAUAAUGUCUUCAGUACUCAAGUGGAUUCUAAGCUGUGGAGUGGCGUCACAGAAGAUCCGAGUGAACCUGUACGCGUCGCUGCUGAACCUGCUGCACCUGACGCGUCAACAGAGCCCGGUCAGAGUGGAAGCCAAUGCCAACACAAGCGUCUACAGCAGCUUGAUGGAGACCAUCGAUGACGAAGGCAGUGGCAGUGGCAUCUCCUCCAAGAACACUGCCCUUGAAGUGCUCUCCAGCUUCGGCGAGAGAUUGAUCACUGUCAUCUGUUAUGACUGCUCUGGCGGUCAUGAUGUCUGCAAGAUGCUUGCCUUGUCCUGUUUGGAUAUGAUGAUUGAACUGGACUCUCUGGGCACAUGGGUCUCCUUCCUAUCAUCAAGGGGCUACCUCAGGUGCCUUAUCGACAGUUUAUUGGAAUCAGAUAAGCAGCUAUGUGAAAUUCUGUCUCCGUCACUGAAGACACUUCGGCCACUCUAUGUUUAUGAAUCUAAAAUGGCAGUGCUAUGUCGGGUAGCGUCAACCGUGAUGGGGUCGGAACUGCUGCUGGAGCAGAAUGCAGUGUCGUGUCUGUCAGCGAUGCAGGUGUUGGACUGCCACCCGGACAUCAUCACCAGCAUAGCGCGGCCAGCCUCCUCCACAACGCCCGACCUCGACAACAUUCCGUCGGUCAGCGCCAGGUAUCUGCAGAUAUUCUCGCCGGCGCUCAGCCUCUGCGAAACUGUGCUCACCUCGCUCGGAGUCGAGAAUGAAUCGGCUGUUGUGCAAGUUAUCUAUUUCUUGCUGAGCCACGGAGACAUGGUGACAAUGGUGUUGAGAUCUGGCAGUCCGUUCCUGCCGCUGGAAGAAAUGAAGGAGUUGGCCCAACUCACCGGCGUCAUAGCCAGGUCGACAAACAUGUCCAUCAAGAAGAGAAUCACUGAGGGCACAGAAGAAAUAAUAGCGGCUCUGGAGAGCACGUCGCACUUGCACCGAAUCGAGAAGUUGAUGCUCACUUUGCUUGGUCAGUUCGUAGUCACCGACGAACAGAUGAAAGACAUUGCCAAUGCGGCUGAUCGCGACUCCAACAAUGCACACAAAAAGUCUGAACUCAUUAACACCUAUCUUCAGGUGGCUGCUAACUUGUUGAUGUACGCACGAAACCUGGUGGUGAGCAGAGGAGCGGACAGACGCGUGACGUCAGUGGUGCUGCAGCCGACACUGCAGGACGGCGAGGCCAGCCUCGGAGUGGUCAUCCAGCAGAUGGUGCUCUGUGUCAAGCACUACCAUCGCGAGAACAGUGUUCGCCAGUUCCUCUCGCAGCACCUCCACUCUGUCUCCAACAUGAACACCGCCAACGUCAAAGAGUUCCUCCCCGAAGAUCUGGUCAAUUACGGGGCGAUCGACGAAUGCCGCCAACAGGCCGGACAGGUCUUGCAGUCGCGUGUCACCGAGAAACUCCAGCAAAUCCAACUCUAUCAGCUCAUAAUCGAGCACUGCUUGUAUCUGCUCUGGUCGCAUCUCGACUAUUACAUGCUCAGAGCCAUUCCCAACAAAACGCUAGGCCUCGACAAAUCAGCCAGCUCACUCGGACGAUCAAUGCAAAUGGGCGACAUCACGUGGGAUGUUAGCGUCAACGAAAUCAACAACCUCAAACAAGGCUUGAUUUCCAUACUGAACGAUUCCUUUUGUAAGAAUCUUGUUGAAACUACUGAUGAACAGACAUCGACUGAUAAAGGAUUCAUUGAGGCGCUUCUGCGAAGAAUCAAGAAGCUUAUACAGUUUGUACCAUGUAAAUAGUGGAUAUCACCGGAUCAAACUUGUUUUCUGAAUUAUUUAAUUGGUAGUGUUUACUGUGAAAAUAUUUGGACAAACUUUUCAGUUUGUUAUUUAGGUUAUCAAGUUUUGUGAUGAAACUAGGAAAGAUUUAGGGCUCCAUCAUUACAUAUGGAUUUUUGUGUCAUUGUUGUUGAUCAAUUCUCAAUCCCAAAUAUAAAUCACAGGAAACUUCUGAUAAAUACUCAUUACUAGUUUAUAAUUAUUUUAUAUCGUAGGCAUAUACUUUUACUGGUAUAAAACCUUUGGAAUCAUACUUACAAUCCUUCCUGGAACGUUUUUUUUAUAAUAUGUCAAACUGUUGUUCAAAUUAAGUUUUUAAAUCCUAUUAAAGAGUUUUAUAAACUUGAUAAAAUUAUUGAAUUAAAUUCAAAAUUAUUCUGUGAAUUAUGUUUUUUCGUUUAAAGUUUUAGUGUUCAGUGUUCAAUGCGUAAUUAUUUUGCUAGAAUAUUUUAAUGCCUUUUUCAGUUUUUAUUUUUGUUCACAUUUUUUUCCAAACAGUAUUGUGGAUUCAUAAUAAAUCUAUUACAAUUGAAAAAACAAUAGGCCAGUAAAACAAAUUCAUACAAAGGUCGAAGGUCAAGUAACAGUCGGAAGCUGAAUUAGAAGGAGACUAGAGUUUGAAAGUUAAUUGCCAAAUUGUAGGAGUACUGCAAAGGAGUUAGGGUAAAUCAUAUACCGUAAGGUGGGAUGGGACCCUUGUGCAUACUCCCACUACUUGAUUUAUUCCCAAAUAAAUACUAAUUUUUAGUAGCAAAAAAGUGGUGAAAGAAGUUUUUCCAAGUUGAAACUGAUAAAAACAUAUCUCAGAUCCACCAUUUGUCAGGACCACUUGAGUGGACUGGCAACAGUGGCCAUUGAGAAUGAUUUAUUAAACAAAAUGUACACUGACAACAUUCUCAACGAAUUUGCAAAACUGAAAGCAAGGAAAAUCGCUUUUUAAUGUAAAGUAUAAAUGUUUCAAGUCUUCGAGUAAAUAAAUUGUUUAAUUUCUUUAAAACUGAU